AUGGAUUUCCAGAGCAUUGUAUUAGCAACAUUGUUGGCCUGGACUUUUGUCCAUGGCCUCUGUUUAUUAGCAAAAAGAUGUAGCACUAGCAGUCUAGCCAAAAAGCUUCCACCAGGGCCUUUCCCAUUGCCCAUCAUCGGAAACCUUCAUCACUUACUUGGUGGUCAACCUCACAAAUCCCUAGCCCUGCUAGCUCAAAAAUAUGGUCCAGUUAUGAAUCUGAAAUUGGGCAUGAUAAACACAGUGGUCAUUUCUUCAUCCACCAUAGCCAAAGAAGCUCUACAAAACCAAGACUUACUCUUCUCCUCCAGGCCAAUCCCUGAUGCCCUCAGAGCUCACAACCAUAGCCAAUUCUCUGUCAUUUGGCUUCCUGUCUCCUCUAAGUGGAGAACCCUUCGCAAGAUCAUGAUUUCUACCAUCUUUUCGGGCGCUAAACUCGACACCAAUCAGCAACUGAGGGUUAGAAAGAUCCAGGAGCUUAUUAUCUACUGCCAAAAUAAAAGCCAUGUAGGGGAAGCGGUAGACCUUGGGCGUGCAGCUUUUAGGACUACCCUGAAUUUGUUAUGGAACACCAUUUUCUCUAAAGAUUUAGCGGACCCUUAUUCGGAUUCGGCCAAAGAGUUCAAAGAGUUGGUUUGGAAAAUCAUGGAGGAAGCUGGAAAGCCCAACUUGGUUGAUCAUUUCCCCUUUCUUGAAAAGUUUGAUCCCCAAGGCUCAAGACGUCGCAUGACAGGCUAUUUCACCCAGGGGCUCGAACUUUUUAAUGAAUUGAUUGAUGAACGGCUGGAAGAGAGGAAAGUAAGAGGAAGCAGAAAUGUUGAUGUAUUAGAUUUACUUCUCAAUAUCAGCCAAGAAAGACCAGAGGAGAUUGACAGGACUCAAAUUUUGCAUGUGUGUUUGGAUUUGUUUGUUGCGGGGACAGAUACCUCAUCAAGCACAUUAGAAUGGGCAAUUGCAGAACUUCUUAAGAAUCCAAACAUUAUGGCAAAAGCUCAGGCUGAACUCGCUGAUGUUAUUGGCAAAGGCAAACAGUUACGAGAAGCAGAUGUUACUCACCUACCUUACUUGCAAUGUGUCAUAAAAGAAACCCUACGAAUACAUCCACCAACUCCAUUUAUUAUGCGUAAAGUUGAACAAGAUGUAACCCUAUGUGGAUACACUAUUCCUAAAGACUCACAAGUUCUAGCCAAUGUAUGGGCAAUUGGGCGUGACUCUAGUAUUUGGGAGAACCCAUUAACCUUCAACCCUGAGAGGUUUUGGAAUUUACAAGUGGAUGUUAAAGGGCAAGAUUUUGAACUCAUUCCAUUUGGCACGGGAAGAAGAAUUUGUCCCGCAUUGCCAAUGGCUAUGCGGAUGGUUCCAAUAAUGGUAGGGUCAUUGUUAAACUCGUUCCAAUGGAAGCUUGAUGGUGACAUUGCACCAAUGGAUUUGGACAUGGAGGAAAAAUCAGGCAUUACAUUAACUAAAGCUCAACCUCUUAGGGCCAUACCUAUUCCCUUUUAACAUGCAUGUGCCACUCCAGUUCGUGCUCUAUAGCAAUAUUCAAUAGUGUUGCCCCAAAGUUGUUAAGGCAUGUUUACAUUCUAAGGUUGGGAGUUUGUUUAUUAUUUGAAUUAGUUUGUUUGUUAUGCAAGUUUGUAGUCAUGUCUGUUGGUUGGGCAAUAAGUAUAUAAGUAAACCUUUGUCUAU